CAAACGUCAAAACAUUGACAGACAAAAUUUUCUUAUGUAAAUAAAAUUCUAACCAAUUUUCCAUCUCUCAAGUAAUUUUUUUUCUUCAACAAAAGUCACAUAAAAAAAAAAAAAAUGGGGCCAAAAAAAGCUAAAGGAAAAUCCUCUGAUACAGUAGACGGUAUAGACACUUCUAAAAUGAGCAGGGAACAAUUAGAAUUGUACUCUCAUAAAAUCCUAGAAGAAAUGGAACGGGAGCGCGAGGAGAGAAAUUUUUUUCAACUCGAACGCGAUAAAUUACGAACUUUUUGGGAAAUUACUAGGAAUCAAUUAGACGAAGCGCGAGCUACUAUAAGAAAUAAAGAGAGAGAAAAAGAAGAAUUAUUAGAAAAACAUGACGAAGAAAUAAAAUUAUACAAUCAAAAAGUAAAACAUUUAAUGUAUGAUCACCAUAACAAUUUAUCAGAAACGAAAGCUGAGCAUAUGGUGGCACUAAAACUUGCCCAGGAUGAUCACAAUGAAGAAGAAAAUGAGCUGAUAAAUGAUAAAAAAGAAUUGAGAAAAAUCCAAAAAGAAAAUGAACUCGCGCAUAUCAACGAAAUUCGUUCGCUGAAAUUGAAAAAUGCUGAAGAAAUGAGCGAGAUGAUAAAGAAGUUUGAGUCUGAAGCCAUGGAAAUGGAGCAGAAGUACGAGGAAAAAUUAAUGAGUCAGUGGGAGUCACUGAAUUUGAAACACAGAAUGGAAAUAUCGGAAAUUGAGGAGCGUAAAAAUAUGCAGAUUGCGAGUUUGAUUAAAAAUCAUGAGAAAUCUUUUACUGAGAUCAAAAAUUAUUACAAUGAUAUCACUGUUAAUAAUUUGUCGCUCAUACAAAGUCUUAAGGAACAAAUGGAAGUUAUGAAAAGUAAUGAAGAAAGAAUGAAAAAACAAGUACGAGAAUCGAUGAGUGAAAAUAAAAAAUUGAUAAGUGAUUUAAAAUCAGCUGAAGAACAAGUCGUUGAAUUGAGUCGGCAGUUAACAAAUUAUGAAAAAGAUAAAUUAUGUCUUUCUAAUACGAAAAAAAGAAUGACAGCAGUAGCUAAAGAUUACGAAAAUCUUAAGUGGGAAAAUGAAGUUUUGGAAAUGAGGUUUGAAAAAUGUCAAAAAGAACGCGAUGAAUUACACUCGAGAUUCGUCUCUUCUAUUUUGGAACUGCAGCAGAAGACGGGAUUGAAGAAUGUGCUGUUGGAAAAAAAAUUAGAAAAACUUUCGGAAAUUUUAGAACAGAGAGAAGCUCAGAUCGGCCAAGUUUUAGCCACUGCUCAGUUAGAUCCCGGAGCUAGUGGAGAAAUUAAUCAGAGAUUCGAGGACAUUUUGAAUCGUAAAAAUACAGCGAUACAAGAUCUACAGUACGAUUUAGCAAGAGCUUGUAAAGCACACGACGAUUUAUUAUUAAAUUACGAAAAUAAAUUACAAGAGUACGGAAUUUCCGAUCCCUCUUUGGCGCCGCCACUCAGCGCAAUAAGAAGAAAAAAAAGUAAUCGUACUGACAAAAUUUUAGCAAACUUGUAAAUAAUCGAAAAUUUAAUAUUUAAAUUUUUUAAAAAUUUCCCGCCAAAAAAUAAUUUUUUUCUGGGUUAAUAAAAACAUUUCAAAAAUUUAUAUAGUAUGACAUAUAUUUGAACUACAUAAAUUUAUAAUAUCCAAUAUAUAUCUUUUAUAAAUAUGAUCAGGUCACAAGGCUUCAAUUUUUUGUUAAUUUUUUUUUUACAGAUUUUUGGUUUUUUGUUGUGUAAUUUAAUUUUUUUAAACAUCAAAACACUAAAGUUCUCUA